CCUGUCGUUCAUUAUCCUCUCCAUCCCGCUCAUUUUUCUCACCUUCAUUACACUCUCCCUCUGCCUCACUGCCCUCUUCGUCUGCGAUUGGUUCCUGUUGGAUUCUUUUCUCCUAUUGGUUGGAAUAUGAUCUUCCGGCUUGCCCGGUCUUUUCCGGGAGCGCGGGUACUGACGGAGCAUUGAGUACAAUCUAUCUGGUUACUCACCCCAGAGAGUGUGGGAGUGAAACAUGGCGCGACAGAGGGUAAAAAAGGAGAGACUGACUGAUUCUAAAGUAGAUGGGAAAAAUGGAAAGAGUACUGGACUUCACAAGAAACCUCAAGUUAAGGAAAAGAAGAAAAAAUCCAAUUUGGGGAAUAUUUUCAUCAAUAUAGCAAUUGUACUGUGCAUUGUGAGCAGUGUCUGGUUUUGCUACGCUAUCUAUAUGAGGUCCUGGCUUGCUAACCGAAUCGUAACACCUCAUCCCUCUUUGCGGAUACUGGACAACAAUUUUACAAGUCCAGCAUUGUCGCCGGAGAAAUUCUGGGGAUCCUACCGACCUCAGGUAUAUUUUGGAAUGAAAACACGGAGUCAAAAAUCAAUUGUAACAGGUAAAGAAAAGUGGACGUGUUACAAUUAUUUGCGGGCACACUGCCCAAGUUUGGAGAUGAUGACAGACAUUGUGAAAAACAGCUUGAACGGCCGUUUUGUGUACAACACAGCGACUUCUUCUCCCAGACGGUACUACAUUGGUGUGGAUAGCUACAGGCCACCUCCAAAACAAGGUGGGGACACAACACAAGACAACUUCUUAGUUCAUCAAGUGACAGUGCAGGUUCCCUUUGAAGUCGAAGUCCUGUUUGAGUCGGAAAGUUUCACAGAUCGAUCCAGUCGUCUUGCUGGAGAGAUCUUCACAAAUGAGCUGGAGAGGUGGAAACAAGCAUUUGAUGAAAAAUUUAAUACCAUUUUCAAAUUGUCAGAUAAAGGCUUUUCCCCUCAACAAACUAAAUUUGCUAAAGCAGUUUUCAGUAAUACAAUUGGUGGAAUGGGGUAUUUUUAUGGUCAGUCUUACGUUCAGUCUAUAUACAAUGAGUACCCAUUGCCUUACCUGGAGGGCCCACUGUACACUGCUGUCCCAUCCCGUUCAUUCUUUCCCCGAGGAUUUCUCUGGGAUGAAGGGUUCCAUCAACUUUUGAUCAGUAAGUGGAAUCCAUCUAUUAGUAGGGAGGUGAUUGGACACUGGUUAGAUCUGAUGAAUGUUGAAGGUUGGAUACCAAGGGAGCAGAUUCUGGACAAUGAGGCACGUAGUAAAGUGCCUGCAGAAUUUAUUGUACAGAGGAAUGAAAAUGCCAAUCCUCCUACACUUUUCCUCACGAUACAAAAGCUAAUUGAAGAUUUGAAUGGACAUUUGACAAAAGAGGAUAACUCUUAUCUGAAGAGACUCUUCCCCCGUUUGAAGACUUGGUAUGAUUGGUACAAUUCAACCCAAGUUGGGUCCUUGCCAUCAACCUAUCGUUGGAGAGGUCGUGACACUGAUACAAAUCUGUUCCUCAAUCCAAAAACACUGACCUCUGGACUUGACGAUUACCCGCGGGCAUCACAUCCUUCUGAAGAUGAGCGCCAUGUAGAUCUUCGUUGCUGGAUGACUUUGGCAUCAAAGAUCAUGACAGAUAUUGCAAAAAUUAUAGGAGAAGCCCAUCAAGACUAUCAGGACAUGUAUGAGAAGUUGAGUGACAACUCUUUGCUUCAAGAACUGCACUGGUCUGAGGAUCUGAAAGCAUUCAGUGAUUAUGGAAAUCAUACUCAGUCUAUUAUUCUAGAGCGAGAGAAAAUCUACGUGCCACCUGGCCAGCCACGACAGCAUGUCCAACCUGCCAGACUUAUCCGUUCUGUUCGGAAACAACCAAAACUUCAGUAUGUUAAUGCUUUUGGUUAUGUCAGUCUGUUCCCAUUCCUACUUCAAAUUCUGCAGCCUGAUUCUCCAAAACUUCUUCAUAUCUUAAAUGAUAUCAGGGAUGAUGAGAAACUCUGGACUCCUUAUGGCCUACGGUCACUUUCAAAAUCUAACCCCCUCUAUUUGAAACGUAACACUGAAUAUGACCCGCCUUACUGGCGUGGACCUAUUUGGAUUAACAUGAACUACCUUGUGGUUCGGGCACUGCAUUUCUAUUCCACUCAAAACGGACCAUAUCAAGAAAUGGCAGUAACACUAUACCAGGAGCUGAGGACUAACCUCAUAUCAAAUAUGUAUAAGCAGUUUGUACAAACUGGUUACUUGUGGGAGCAAUAUAAUGACAGUACUGGCAAAGGGCAAGGUAGCCAUCCAUUUACUGGCUGGUCUUCCCUGAUAGUUUUAAUAAUGGCAGAGCAAUAUUAAUGCUGUCACUAAUGACAUCCUGUGUAAUGGUUUAGGGCUGUGCCUAGGGGAUUCUUUUGUGAAUGAAUCUUUUAACACAUGAAGUGAUUCAAAUUAAACUUCUCUGCAUGUCCGCAUAUUAAUUGGAGAAAACAAAUCAACAUUAUUGCCCACGUAUUCUGUGUGUAAAAUAGGCACAACAAUGACAAAUUUGUCAGCAUUCUGCCCAUGUGUUUGGGUCACUGCUACUGUUUUCAGGGCUUUUUAGGUGGCCCUGGUGGCUACCUAAAACAGGCAUUGGGCCGCUUGUACAUGUGAGAGACCUAAUGUCUAUUUUAAGGCCCUGUUGCAAGCAGACAGCAGGAAUGGUCCAGAGAGGUUUUAGUGGCUGCUGAGAAACAGGUACACUUCUUCAAAGCCGUGACUUUAACAUGGAGUCAGGAGGAGCAAGACUGUGUUCCUUAGUUCCCAGCCCUAUUGAAAAGAUUCUGUUGGCGCACAAUCACAGACUUAAUGAGAGCUUGCCUCGCUCCUUUUUAAAAGUAAAUCACAUCUUGAAUUUGUUAAAGGCAAACUUAUAAUAAAUGGAUUUCUUAUUAAAGUUUUAGUUGAAAGAUUAAA